AUGGCUUCAUGGUAUCGACAAGAAGAUGUACAUCCUUACGAAACAGUUGAAUUAAUCGUAAGUGGCAUUAUUCCUAUAAUUCUUAUUGUAAUUGGGACUUUCGGUAAUCUUAUAUCCAUUGUCAUUUUACUUAAUCAACAAAAUCGUGGAACAUCAACUAAUAUCUAUUUGAUAUUUUUAUGUCUUAUGGAUACGAUAUCACUUUAUCAAUGGAAUUUAAAUCAUGUUAUGUACACAUUCACAAAUGGUACAAAACAAAUAUGGGGACAAUCAGUGUUUCUUUGUAGAUUGGGUCAAUUUUUUGCUUUUUAUACUUUACAUACAUCAGCUAUGUUUCUUACUUUUGUACAACUUGAUCGUGCUUGUUUAUUACGUAGUAGAUGGUAUAAAAGAAAAAUAGCUCAACCACGUAUAGCAUUAAUACUUUGUGCUAUUAUUCUGAUCGUUUUAUUUAUAUUGAAUGGAUUUUUAUUUGGAUUAGGUUUUGAAUAUUCUAUCUAUAAUAAUAGUACUGGUAUGGACGAAACACUUAUAGCAUGCUAUUAUUCAUUGAAUCAACAACUCAAUGAUUUCUUUCGUUUUCAAUAUGCAUGGAUUCAUCUCGUAGUCAUGUAUAUUCUACCAUUUGCUGUCAUUAUUGUUUGUACAUUGCUCAUAAUGAAAAAGCUAAUUGUUAAACAAACAUUUACAAAUAAUCAAUUAGCAAUUAAUGCUCAACGUAAUCGUCGUAUUUCACUUAUGUUGUUAUUUAUGUGCUUGGCUUAUGUUGUUUGUACUUUGCCUAAUCGUCUUUGUUUUUCACUUUUUGAGAAUCAGAUUGUUGGUUAUGAUUAUACAGAUACAAUAUUUCUUGCUACGAAUACAUUAAUGUAUACAAGAAAUGCAUUGAAUGCAUUUUUUCUUUAUAUAUCUGUAUACGGUUUUCGACGAGAUGUUCGUCAAUUGAUAUUGACAUAUUGGGGAAAAUUAACAAACAAAGGUGAUCUUCAUGAGAACAACGGCAAUCAACAUGUCGGCACAAUGGCGACGUUGCGCGAACCAGUUAGAAGGACAAUUACUACAACGCCAAUCAAAAAAACUUCUCAAUUAUGA